UUAUCUCCCCCCUCGCAGGGCUGUCCUUGGGUGCCUCAGAACGAGUAUAUAAGAAUCUGAAGUCCAUGUCGCUUCACUCUGCAAGCAAGAUGUCUCUCCUUCACCAGCUCAUCUUCGUCUCCCUCGCUGCAUUCGCGGCUGCCCAGUGCCCCGGGGAUUUCUUCGUGUCUAAUGGCAACUGCUUCUCCGUGAUCGACAUGCCCGGAGUCAACAUGACGUGGGACGAGUGCCGGUUGGCUUGCAAAGCCAAGGACGGCGGGGAACUGAACUCCGACCUUGCCACAUUUGACACCGCUGAGGAGCUGGAAGCCUUCUCGAUCACUUGGCUUGAUGAGUCUCAGAACUAUAAUCCGGACCCGAACAUGUGGAUCGGCGUGGAGAAGAUAGACGGCAACUGGGAGACGAUUGAAGGCAAUCCAGUGUCCUUUCAAAACCCAAUGUGGCAAGAGGGUCAUCCUCACGAAAUGGGGGAGAGAGUGUUCCUGCAGGAUAUCACAUUGGCCAACGGCAUCAACUCCUACGGCAGACUCUGUUUCCACUGCUCCAUGGGCAUAUACGAGCACCACAGCCGAUGCCUCUGCCGCGCCAAGUAGAGGGAUGAAGGAUGGAUGAAUAAUACCAUGCUUCGACUUGUCUUUGUUUCAUAUUUUCUUCUUUUUCCUCCUGAGCAUCAUUAUUUUCGUUUUCUCCCGUGUUAUUCUUGAGUUCAUAUUAUUGACUAAAGACCAUGCUUCGUUCCUUAUUGUUUCCUUUUUUCUCCUCCAUUUCUUCAAAAUUAUCUCACAUCUCAAACAAGGUAAUUGUCGUCCCAUCGCACUGUAUACUGCAGAUACUUUACAAGAACCUGAUGUGCCUUCAUUUUGCAGAGUACAUAACCGUGCCACACAUUUUGUAUGAUGAACAUAAUAAACUGAAAUUAAACGAG